AUGGCUUCCUCUGUUUCAACAUUAUGCUCUAUGAAUGAUUUUACUAGCAAAGCUUCCAUUGAUGCUAUACUUGCUGAAAUUAAUGCUGAUAAUUCCUCAAUACUCUCUGCGUUGAUGAAGGAAUUGUCUAAAGAAGUAGUAGUGGUUGAAGAAGCAUCUGCAUCAGAAUUAAUGUUAAAAGAAGUUAGGAGUGAUGAUGAAGCUUAUGAAAUGUAUAAUGACUAUGCAUUUAGGAAGGGUUUUAGUAUUCGUAAGGGAUUAAUUAGGACUAGUCGUAAAACUGGUUUGUGGAUUAUGCGCAGAUUUAUUUGUUCUAAUUCUGGCUUUAAAGAUGUUAAGAGGGAAACAUUGAGGAAGUAUGAGAGGUCUGAAUUGCGUACAGGUUGUACUGCUUUUAUUCAGUUUUCUAUUACUAAUGAUGGUGUUUGGACUGUGGUGAGGCAUAACAUGACUCACAAUCAUCAUAUGAUUCCCGCUGACAAGAGAUACUUGCUUAGGUCUCAAAGAGAUAUUACAGGGGAGCAGCUCAAGUAUCUUAGUAUAAUGAAAGCUAGUGGAUGUAGAGUGUAUGAUUUGCUUCGUGCAAUGAGAAAAGAAGUUGGAGGAUCUCCUAAUUUAGGGUUUAUUACUGCUGAUGCAUACAACGCUUUGGCUGCUGAAAAGGCAAUGAAACUUGAUGGUAAAGACUGUAAUCAGUUAAUUAGGUACUUUGCUCAAAGACAAUCAUCCGAGAGUUAUUUUUAUUACGAUUUUGAGUUAGAUGAACAUGGACAUUUAAUUAGUUUCUUUUGGAGGGUUGGAAGGAUGAAAAGGGAUUAUGAAUAUUUUGGUGAUUUAUUGGUGUUUGAUACGACAUGCCGGACAAAUCGGUAUGAUAUGAUAUGUGCACCAUUUGUUGGAAUGAAUCAUCAUUGCAAUAAUGUUGUUUUUGGUUUGGGGUUCCUGGUUAAUGAGCGUAUUCCUUCUUUUAUUUGGUUGUUUGAAUCUUUUUUGCGAUCAAUGGGUGGUGGAAUACCUCAAACUAUAAUGACAGAUUAA